AACUGAAACGUCAUUCAUUUACGCGCACUUGCAUCGGAGAGUAUUUAUAUCCCCUUUACUCACGCGUAAUGAUUCAUUUUCAGCAUGGCUUCCAACCUGGCAAGCGGUACUGCAUCUUCCAGUUCACGAGGUGAUGGUGAUCAAAACCUGGAAGAUAAGAAAAACUUAGUGACCGAUAAACUGCAGAAGAGGGAAGAGGAGCGUCUUGACCUUGUUCAGAAAAGGAGAGACGAGAAAGAGAAGGAAUCUGCUGUCGAUGAAGAUGCGCAACUUUUCACUGUCAACUUCGCUCGGGAAAGUAACGCGAUAGAGAGAGAUUUAAAAUUGUGCGAUUCCGUAAAGAAAUCCGAACUACCGGCUUAUUUUGACAGAAUGUCAGUGGGUGUGCAAAACCUGCAGAAAUCCUUGUCUGACGCUACACUUUACCUUCCAGCCUACGACGUGCAGCAUACCCAGGAAACCAUCAUUAAGCUUCAGGUUGACAUCCAUAACAAAAGAGGCGAACUCUUACCUAAAAAGAAGUUUGCUUUCAAAUCUAAGAAAAAAACUUUAGACAAACUGGACCGCCCUGCGUCUGGUAAAACUGGGGCAUCGGCAGAAGAGAGGAAUGCAGAUAUCGACGAUAUGACAAUAGAGCUGGCCGACUGUAAGUUUGUAGACAGAAAUGGUGAAAUGUUGGGGAUGUCUGGCAACGCUAUCAAAAUGAAGGAUGUGGCCUUAGCUAGGUUGUCGGACUGCAGGGUGAAGCUGCAGGGAUCACCCAGUGCUGUGCAUAUAAGGGCCCUAAAAAACUGCCAUGUUUUCUGUGGCCCUGUUAGCGGAUCUAUUUUCAUCACUGAUUGUUCGAAUUGUGUGUUUGUGUUGUCAUGCCAACAGUUGCGUAUCCACACAACCACCGAGUCCAAAUUUUACAUUCAUGUGACAAGUCGGGCCAUUAUAGAAGAUACAACAAGGGUAGAGUUUGCGCCCUACAACUGGAAAUAUGAUGGCUUGGAUGAUGAUUACAACAUGUCAGGCCUUGACUUAUCAAGGAACAACUGGGCAUACAUAGAUGACUUUAACUGGUUAGCGAGCGAUCAGCAUUCCCCUAACUGGUCACUCAUUGAUGAAAAGGACAGAGUUCAAGCUUGGGAUGUGUGACUAUUGCUCUAUUAUAUGAGUUUACCUCUAGUGUGCCAUGUGAUUUAUAUGUAUCAUUGUAUGUUAUGAAUUGUUGCAUCUGACAGUUAUAAUAUUGUGGGUCAGUUCAACCAAAAAUUCAACUGUUCUGUAUUUAAGACUGCAGACUCCGUGGGGAAUCUAUCCAUUAUCUAACAACUGCAAGUUUUAUUCUGUCAAUCUGAUGAAAUUAAGAUCGUAAUUUACAUUUAGGAGUACCAAUUUAAGCUACAACAUUUCCACAGCUAUGAUUUAACUACGGUAUUAAACCAUUAUUUCGCCAUGCUACAGAAUCAGAUACGCCUGGUCGGAGAGUAAGUUUGAUUGAACAGCUAUAUAUAUAUCUUCCAGCCUGGCAGUAGGUGACUCUUCCAGCCAGGCAGUAGAUGACUCUGCUCUAUAAAUAGAAAUCAGAAACUGGCUGACACCCAUGAGUCACACACUGUAGUCCUGUCUAUGUACAAAAAGAAAAAAAAAAUAUGGACAAGUCAAGCUUAGUUGCUUAAAGACAGCAAUUACCAUUAAUUUCUGCUUAAAGUCGGCGUUGUCUAAACUUCAAAGAAAGACCAAAGGUUCUGAUAAUAUAGUUUGUCAGCUAUAUUUUCAUGUGAAUCUUUUGCAGAAAAAGUAAUAUUUAUUCACACUGUUCCUGGUAAAGUGACAUCUGUAUGGUCAAUUGCUUGAAAAAUAAGAUUUAUAAUUUUUUUUUCGAAAUGCCUCAUACCUGUAAAAUUAAUUUCCAAUCCAAGUUUUUUGACUUCUCUUUAGUAGACAAAAUUUGACUUCACAUUUCAUGUAAACCUUGAUGAUGUAUUAUAUCUAUGUUAUGUAUUACCGGACAGAGUGGUAAAUUUGCCUGCUUUUCCGAAUGGGGGAUUGCAGGAGGAAAUGGUUACCUUUAGAUUAUUUGCAAAAGCUGCAAACACCUGAUGUAUGUUGAUAAACAUCUGCUUGUUUGUAUUUCAUAAUCAUAUUGAGAACUUCAUAUGUAAGUGACAUUAGGUCAGUGGUACCAUUGAUUCAUGUUUUGUCAAUAUGAGUGAUGGAUUUAUUUAUAUGGAUAAUUUCCCAAGGUAAUGAAUUCCUAAUAAUGCUAGAUAACACAUAUAUGGAAAUAAUAGAACUCUAAGUAUAGACACGUAGGGUGUGUAGGCCCUACUUAGUUUGUAGUGUAUUUACUGUUUAGUUUCCCAUACAUAGGCUUAUUUUGUCAGUACACAACCUGGCCCCUCCCAUCUCUUACCUAGCCACAACCAAUUGUCUGCCAUUUACCAGUUACAACAUUUGCUUUUAGGAUUCUAUAAUUUAUAUAUGGAUAGAACUGCUUUUGUUUAUCUUAUCUGUUAUUUUAUAUGUUAAAACUUCUUAUAGAUCAAAAGAUUAAAUUUUUUAAAAUCCAUUAUUUUUUUCAAAACUACGUAAAUGUAUUGUGGUAAUCAAACACUUGUAGAAAAUAGUAUGGCGAAAACAUUUUAUCUUAAAAUCUUGUUCUUUUAUCACUUUUGCUCAUGACAAAAU